GUUCAGUACAGCAGGGGUGAGGAAAAGCUGUGCUGUGAGCGAGAGACGCAGUAAGUUUUGUCAUUCUCAUCCCCUCUGGAAUGCAUCAGCUCCCCUAAAUUAAUCUGCGCAGAAUCAACACAUCUAGAUGCGCACGAGCGGAAUCCAAGACCUACUCAAUACCUGCAAGAAUACGUGAAAUCCUCUGUCGGGUCGGAGGCGAAUCUUUUGCUCGGGAGACAAGACUGCAAGGUCAACCAGACGGCCGAACUAGUUAGUUAGGCCAGUGCCUUUUUUUACCGUGCACUGGAGUUGCACACGAGAGUGGAUAUGCCAGGCAGUAAGUGUGGUGGACGCUUGCUGCAUUUGGCCGUGGCUGUGGCGGCCCUGCUGUCCCUGUGCGCGGAGCCUGGGGACGCUGCAGAGCUGGAGGACACCGGCAACGACAGGGAACUGGUGACCAAGUCGAUCGACACCAGAGCCAGCAGGGCCAAGAGGAGGGGAGGAACGGACGCCCUCAGAGGGCCAAAUGUGUGUGGGUCAAGGAACAAUGCAUAUUGCUGUCCAGGCUGGAAGACUCUCACUGGAGGAAACCAGUGCAUUGUUCCAAUCUGCCGGAGUACAUGUGGAGAUGGUUUCUGCUCUAGACCUAACAUGUGCACCUGUCCAAAUGGCCAGAUAUUACCGUCCUGUGGAUCCAAGUCAGUCCAGAACUGUAAUAUUCGGUGCAUGAAUGGAGGAACGUGUGCCGAGGACAACUGCCUGUGUCAGAAAGGCUAUGUUGGAAACCACUGUGGUCAACCUGUUUGUGAAAAUGGCUGUUUAAACGGAGGACGGUGUGUGGCUCCCAACAGAUGUGUGUGUACCUAUGGCUUCACCGGGGCUCAAUGUGAGAGAGAUUACAGAACUGGGCCAUGUUUUGCUUCUGUGAAUAACCAGAUGUGUCAAGGUCAGCUCACAGGCAUAGUGUGCACAAAGACUUUGUGUUGUGCCACAGUGGGACGGGCAUGGGGUCACCCCUGUGAGAUGUGCCCAGCCCAGCCGCACCCCUGCCGAAGAGGGUUCAUACCAAACCACCGCACUGGGGCAUGCCAAGAUGUGGAUGAGUGCCAGGCAAUCCCAGGCAUCUGUCAAGGAGGAAACUGUAUCAACACAGUAGGAUCUUUUGAAUGUAAAUGCCCUGCUGGGCACAAGUUCAACGAGGUCUCACAGAAAUGUGACGAUCUGAACGAGUGUUCAAACAUUCCCGGUGUCUGUGGUGUAGGUGAAUGCUCAAAUACUGUCGGUAGCUAUUUCUGCAAAUGUCCUCAAGGCUAUUACACCUCUGUAGAUGGAACAAGAUGCACAGAUGCUCGUGGUGGGUAUUGCUAUUCUAGCUUGCUCAGUGGGCGCUGUGCCAACCAAAACUCACAGCUGUUGACCAAACUGCAGUGCUGCUGUAACAAUGGACGUUGCUGGUCUGAUGGCUCCACUCCUGAAAUGUGCCCCAUUCGUGGAACAGAAGAGUACCAAAAACUGUGCCUCCAACCUCAUGGGAGUGGUGAAGUAGUAGUACCUGGGCAGGUCCCAGGGGUCCCAGACCUACCCGGCAUCUACCCUGUACCAUAUCCUGGUCAAACUCCUGGGCAAGUUCCUGGGCAAAUACCUGGAGUGAUUCCUGGUCAAAUUCCCAUUCAGAUUCCAGGCCAGGUACCAGGUCAGAUUCCAGGACAAAUUCCAGGUCAGAUUCCAGGACAAAUUCCAGGACAAAUCCCAUUGGAGCCAUUUCCAGGACAGUUACCUAUACAGCCACUUCCACCUCCUGGUCCUGGUGUUAUCCAAACCCAGAAUAUCACCAAUAUGUGCCAGGCUUUUCGCAACCUUUGCCUGAAUGGCAGGUGCAUUCCCAUGCCAGGUGUUGGAUAUCGCUGUGAAUGCAAUAUGGGUUUUAGGAUUGAUGGAAGGGGAGAGUGCAUUGAUAAGGACGAAUGUGAGGCCAAUCCAUGUUCACAUGGAGAAUGUGUAAACACCCCAGGGUCCUACAUAUGUCAAUGUCCUACUGGAUUCCAGUCAACUUCAACCAGAACAGAAUGCAGAGAUCUGGACGAGUGCGUGGCCAAUGGUCGAAUCUGCAACAACGGCCGCUGUGUAAACACAGAGGGCAGCUUUCACUGUGUCUGCAAUGCGGGAUUUGAAAUUACAGCAGACGGCAAAAACUGUAAAGACCAAGAUGAAUGUCUGAUCAGGAACAUGUGCCUUAAUGGACUGUGUAUCAAUGAAGAUGGCAGCUUCAAAUGCAUCUGUAAACCUGGAUUCCUACUUGACAGCAGUGGUCGCAUGUGUGUAGACAUUGACGAGUGUAAAACUCCAGGCAUGUGUAUGAAUGGCCAUUGCGUCAACACAGAGGGUUCCUUUCGCUGUGACUGCAUGGCUGGAAUGGCGGUGGGCCUGGAUGGUCGGGUCUGUGUUGACACACAUAUGCGCAGUUCAUGUUAUGGUGGCUACAAGCGUGGGCAGUGUGUGAGGCCUCUAUUUGGUGCUGUGACCAAGUCGGAAUGUUGCUGUGCUAGCACGGAGUUUGCCUAUGGAGAGCCCUGCCAGCCUUGCCCACCACAAAACUCUGCUGAGUUCCUGGCAUUGUGCCCAAGUGGUAUUGGCAUAACUAGCGAUGCACGAGAUAUUAAUGAGUGUGCACUUGACCCUGACAUCUGUCAGAAUGGAGUUUGUGAAAAUAUGCUUAGGACAUACAAGUGCACCUGCAAUGAAGGCUUUGAGGUAGACCUGACUGGCAAAAGCUGUGUCGAUAUUGACGAAUGUUUGACAAACAGAUUGCUGUGUGAAAAUGGUCUUUGCAGAAACACACCAGGUAGUUUUACCUGCCAGUGUCCAAAAGGAUUCCACUUCGAUCCAGAGACAGAUGUCUGCGAGGAUGUGGAUGAGUGUCUUUCUAGUCCCUGUAUUAAUGGAGAUUGUAUAAACAGCCAAGGAUCUUUUGUGUGUUUGUGUUCAAUGGGCAGUUCACUGGACAGCUCUGGAAUGGAGUGUGUAGAAACUACUAAAAGCACCUGCUGGCUGAAGAUGGUCAAUAGUCGCUGUGAGGUCAACAUCAAUGGGGCUACGUUGAAGUCACACUGCUGUGCUACACUGGGAGAGGCCUGGAAUAGUCCAUGUGCUAAAUGUGAAAAGGAUCCAAUCUGUGGUAAAGGCUUCGCUAGAGUGAGAGGAAAUGUCUGUGAAGAUGUGGAUGAGUGUCAAGUGUUUCCUGGAGUGUGUAUCAAUGGAAAGUGUGUCAACACACCAGGUUCCUUUUUUUGUCAGUGCCCUCAAGGAAUGACUGUUGAUGUCAGUGGCAGAACUUGCAUCGACCUUCGUACAGAGCAUUGCUACCUCACCCAUGAGGAUGAACGCUGUGGGACUCCUAUCCAAGGGAAACACCGCGUAGAUGCUUGCUGUUGCUCAGUUGGCAUGGCCUGGGGCCCUGAAUGUGAUGAAUGUCCAGAGAAAGGCACCCCAGAAUACGCCCAGCUCUGUCCUCGGGGCCCAGGCUUCUCGCAUAGGGGUGACAUCAUCAAUGGGCGACCCUUCCUCAAAGAUAUAAAUGAGUGCAGAAUGAUAAACACUCUGUGCUCCAAUGGGAGGUGCAGAAACACCAUCGGCAGCUUCCGUUGUCGCUGUGAUAAUGGAUAUGCUCUGGACUCUGAUGAGAGGAACUGCACUGACAUAGAUGAGUGCCACAUCUCUCCAGAUCUGUGUGGGCAGGGAAGGUGUGUCAACACACCAGGAGAUUUUGAAUGCGAGUGCUUUGAAGGUUAUGAAAGUGGGUUCAUGAUGAUGAAAAACUGCAUGGACAUUGAUGAGUGUGAGAGGAAUCCUCUGUUGUGUCGUGGGGGUGACUGUGUUAACACGGAGGGCAGUUUCCAGUGUGUUUGCCCUGAAGGACAUGAGAUUGCGCCUGAUGGGUCGGCCUGUCUGGAUAUUAAUGAAUGUGAGUUGAGUGACAGACUGUGCAGGAAUGGCAAAUGUGUCAACAUGAUUGGCAGCUACCAGUGUACCUGUGAUACAGGAUACAAAUCGGCUGAAAACAGACUGGAAUGUGUUGACAUUGAUGAGUGUACCAUUGAGAAUGGUGGAUGUGAGACCUUUUGCACCAACUCUGAGGGAAGCUAUGAGUGUAGCUGCCACAGUGGAUUUGCCCUGAUGCCUGAUCUCAGAACCUGCACUGACAUUGACGAGUGUGAGGAGAGUCCUGACAUCUGUGACGGAGGCCAAUGUACCAACACCCCAGGGACAUACCAGUGUUUAUGCUUUGACGGGUUCAUGUCAUCUGAGGAUAUGAAAACCUGUUUGGAUGUUGAUGAGUGUGAGCUGAAUCCGAACAUUUGUCUUAGUGGGAACUGUGAGAACACCAAGGGAUCCUUUAUCUGUCACUGUGACCUUGGUUACUCAGUGCGCAAGGGAACCACAGGCUGCACAGAUAUUAAUGAGUGUGAAAUUGGAGCCCAUAACUGUGAUCCACAAGCUACCUGCACCAACACAGCUGGCAGCUUUAAGUGCAAUUGUGCCCCAGGGUGGAUUGGGAAUGGCCUCAAGUGCAGAGACCUGGAUGAGUGUUCCAACGGGACACACAUGUGCAGCAGUAAUGCUGACUGCCGCAACACCCAAGGUUCAUAUCGCUGUGGUUGCAAGGAAGGAUUCUCUGGAGAUGGAUUCUUCUGCUCAGACACUGACGAGUGUGCAGAGAAUGGCAACUUGUGUGAAAACGGCCAUUGCCUGAACCUGCCAGGGGGCUUCCGCUGUGAAUGUGACAUGGGCUUCUUUCAGACACCCAAUGGCAAGGCCUGUGACGACAUAGAUGAAUGUACCUUUGCUGAUAUCUGUGUCAAUGGACGCUGCCUGAACAUGCCGGGACUCUUUAGAUGUGAAUGUAAUGCUGGUUAUGAGCUGGAUAGGAGUGGUGGCAACUGCACGGAUAUCAAUGAGUGUGCAGACCUGAGCAUCUGCAUUAAUGGAGUGUGUAUCAACAUCCCUGGAAGCUACCACUGUAACUGCCCACCAGACUUUGAACUCAGUCCCACUCGAGUGGGCUGUGUAGAUACUCGUUCUGGAAGCUGCUUUUUAGAUGUUCGUCUCAGAGGAGAUGCAUCAGAAAGCUUAGACUGCUCCAAUGAGAUUGGAGUUGGUGUUUCAAAGGCAUCCUGCUGUUGCUCCCUAGGCCAGGGAUGGGGAAAUCCAUGUGAAUCAUGCCCUCCUGUUAAUUCAACUGAGUACAAGACAUUGUGUCCGGGAGGAGAAGGCUUCAGACCAAACCCCAUCACUGUCAUCCUGGAAGACAUUAAUGAGUGCCAGGAGUUGCCUGGUUUAUGCCAGGGAGGAUUGUGUAUCAAUACCUUUGGCAGUUUCCAGUGUGAAUGUCGUAGAGGAUAUGCACUCAACCCAGAAACAAGAGUCUGUGAAGAUGUCAAUGAGUGUGAACACCCAGGUAUCUGCGGCCCAGGCCAGUGCUACAACACUAUCGGGAACUACACUUGCAUCUGCCCUGUGGACUACAUGCAAGUAAAUGGAGGGAACAAUUGCAUGGAUAUGAGGAAGAGCUUCUGCUACAGAAACUUUUACUCCGACAAUCGGACAUGCGACGGUGAACUGACCUUCAACAUGACCAAGAAGAUGUGCUGCUGCUCCUACAACAUUGGCCGUGCUUGGAAUAAGCCCUGUGAACAGUGCCCUGUUCCUAGCACUGAUGAGUUCGGGGUUCUCUGUGGCAGUGAGAGACCAGGAUAUUACAUCGACAUCACCACUGGACGGGUCAUUGACAUUGACGAGUGCAGGGAAAUUCCAGGAGUGUGUGAAAAUGGCGUGUGCAUCAACAUGAUUGGCAGCUUCAGGUGUGAAUGCCCCAUCGGUUUCAUCUACAAUGACAAGCUGCUGAUUUGCGAAGAUAUCGAUGAAUGUCAGAAUGGACCCAUGUGCCAGCAGAAUGCAGCCUGUCUGAACAUGCCAGGAAGCUACCGCUGCGAGUGUAAACCUGGAUAUCGCUUCACCCCCACUGGACAAUGUCUAGACCGGAAUGAAUGCACUGAGAACCCUGGCAUAUGCAAUCCUGGACAGUGCAUUGACACAAUUGGCAGCUACCGCUGCAUCUGCCCCAAUGGCUUUAAACCAACACGAGACCAAUCCAUGUGUAUAGACAUCGAUGAGUGUGAAAGACAGCCUUGUGGCAAUGGGACCUGUAAAAACACCGUGGGCUCCUACAACUGUCUCUGCUAUCCAGGCUUUCAAAACUCACACAACAGUGACUGCAUAGAUAUUGAUGAGUGUUCAACGCAGAGGGGGUUAUGUCGAAAUGGCCAUUGUGCGAACACGAUGGGAACCUUUUUCUGCGUUUGCAAUGAUGGCUAUGAGCUGACUCUGGAUGGCCGACUGUGUUCAGAUAUUAAUGAAUGUGCAGUGAAUCCAGGCACAUGUGGUGCAGGAACUUGUCUGAAUCUGGUUGGCUCUUACAGGUGCAUCUGCCCACCUGGUUACUAUCUCCAUGAGGAAACCUGUGAAGAUAUUGAUGAGUGCUCCCAGUCUCCUGAGAUCUGUAAAUUUGGAACCUGCUCCAAUACUGAAGGAAGCUUCAUAUGCUUGUGUCCCAACGGCUUUCAGCUCUCUGCUUCUGGGCGCACAUGUCUAGAUAUCCGCGAGAGCUACUGCUACACCAAGUUUGAAAAUGGACUCUGCCUGGCUGCAAAGCCUCAGAACACAUCCAAAAUAGCAUGCUGCUGCACUGGGAUGCCAGGUCAAGGCUGGGGAAACCCCUGUGAGAUCUGUCCUAUUAAAGGAGAGGAGAAGUACAUUACUCUCUGUCCAAAUGAGGGCUAUCAAGAGGGAGUGGAUGAACACCCAAAAGAUAUUGAUGAAUGCAUAAACGAUCCUUGCAUUAAUGGACAGUGCAUCAACACGGACGGCUCGUUUCGGUGUGAAUGUCCCAUGGGAUACCGAUUGGACAUUAGUGGAGUCAGAUGUGAAGACACUAAUGAGUGUGACAUUGGCAAUCCCUGUGGCAAUGGAACGUGCAAUAAUGUCAUUGGUGGGUUUGAGUGCUCGUGUGAUGUUGGCUUUGAACCUGGGUCAAUGAUGACUUGUGAAGAUAUCAAUGAGUGCUCCCAGAAUCCCCUGCUCUGCGCCUUCCGCUGUGUGAAUACGUUUGGCUCGUAUGAGUGUAAAUGUCCUGCAGGCUAUGUGCUACGCGAGGACAGGAGGAUGUGUAAAGAUCAGGAUGAGUGUGAAGAUGGUGUAGAUGACUGUGCCAGCAGAGGCAUGACCUGCAAGAACCUAAUUGGCACAUACAUGUGCAUCUGUUCCCUUGGAUACACACGCCAGCCCAGCGGAGGUGGCUGUAUUGAUUUGAAUGAGUGCACAGCCAAACCAGGCAUCUGUAAGAAUGGUCGAUGUGAAAACACAAUAGGAAGCUACCGCUGCAGGUGUGACCAAGGUUUUAUAGCUACUCCCACGCAGACUGAAUGCAUUGAUAAUCGGGAAGGCUUCUGUUUCACUGAGGUCCUGACCACUUUGUGUCAGAUGACUUCUAGUAACAGGAAUCUGGUGACCAAGUCAGAGUGUUGCUGUGAUGGAGGCAGAGGCUGGGGAACCAAUUGUGAGCUUUGCUCUCUGCCAGGGACUACCCAGUACAAGAAGAUGUGUCCUCUGGGCCCUGGCUACACUACUGAUGGCAGAGAUAUUGAUGAAUGCCGUGUCAUGGGCAACUUGUGCAGAAAUGGUCAGUGUUUGAACACUUUAGGGUCUUAUAGCUGCACCUGCAAACCUGGUUACACCACUGACAUCAGCAGCACCCUCUGUGUGGAUGUGGAUGAGUGCAUACAGGCACCAAACCCUUGUAACUUCAUCUGUAAGAACACAGAGGGAGGCUACCUGUGUUCCUGCCCCCGUGGAUACCUCUUACAGGAAGAUGGAAAGAGCUGCAAAGAUCUGGAUGAAUGUACGACCAAACAACAUAAUUGUCAGUUCUUGUGUGUUAACACCAUUGGUGGGUUCACAUGCAAAUGUCCUCCAGGCUUCACUCAGCAUCAUACUGCCUGCAUUGACAACAAUGAAUGUGCAACAGACCCCAAUCUCUGUGGCUCCAAUGGUGUCUGCCAGAAUUCUCCAGGGAGCUUCAACUGCGAGUGCCAGCUUGGAUUUUCAUUAGACUCCGGUGGACAAGCCUGCGAAGAUAUGGAUGAGUGUGUUGGCAACCACAGAUGUCAGCAUGGCUGUCAGAACUUAGUGGGUGGAUAUAGAUGCAGUUGUCCUCAGGGGUACCUGCAGCACUACCAGUGGAACCAGUGUGUGGAUGAAAACGAGUGCCUGAACAGCCAGAUCUGUGGGGGAGCGUCAUGCCACAACACCCUGGGGAGCUUCCGUUGUCUCUGCCCUACUGGAUUUAACUAUGAGCAGAUUAAUGGAGGUUGCACAGACAUUAAUGAAUGCUCUAUUAGCCAGAACCCCUGCAAGUUUGGUUGUUCCAACACAGAUGGGGGCUACCUUUGUGGAUGCCCCCCUGGAUACUUCCGUGCUGGACAAGGACACUGUGUCACAGGUUUGGGCUUUGCUAAGAGCAGCUCUAGUGAUACACAGGCAGGAGGAGAAGAGGAUGAUAACUCCCUGUCUCCUGAGGCUUGCUAUGAAUGUAAGAUCAAUGGCUAUCCCAAGAAAGGACGCAAGCGUCGCAGCACUAACUUAACAAAGGAUGCCCCUGUGGAAGACUUGCAGCUGACUGAGAUGGACACGGUUAGUCUUGCCAGUGUGGACAUCGAGGACACCCUGCAGUUACACGUGAACAUCAGGAACUUGAGUAAUCGUGACCACAUUUUAGAAUUUACCCCAGCCUUAUCUACCCUUAGUGACCAUGUACGCUACAGCAUCGACUAUGGAAAUGAGGAGGGCAACUUUAAGAUAAACCAGAAAGAAGGCAUUAGCUAUCUGCAUCUGAGCAAGAAGAAGGCCCUCUCCCCAGGGGCAUACCAUCUUCAGAUCAGCAGUGUGCCCCUCUACAAGAAAAAGGACUUGGCUGAGCUGGAGGAGCAACACGAUAAAGACUACCUCACAGGGCAGCUGGGAGACAUACUGAAGAUGAGGGUUCAGAUAAUCCUCCAUUAACUAUCCUAAGACUGAGACAGGCAGAUGUUGCUGGCAGCUACUAAUCCAGGGUCAGGCUAACACUUCCCUAAAGGUCAAAUAUCUCUGACUCUGGGUCAGUGGUUAGGAGCAACUUCUUGCUCCUCCAGGGAGAAGGGCUUGCCACCAAACAUACAAGAAUAGGGUUGAGGGGAGGGAUUAUGUCAUUUGAUUGCCAAAGAUAAUUCUACAUAUCCUAGAUGGAGUUUCUCUAUAAACUGAAUGAAGCAGUAUGACUUCAGUUAAAUGCAGGACACGCAACAUCAGCUUUGAGUAAAGCACUAUUGUGUGUGUGAGUGGUUUUUCAUUUUAGGGUUUUUUGUUUUAUAAUGAAAUGAGGAAUCAGGUGCCAAUUUGAUAGACAUGUGAACUGUAGAAAGAGUUUUUGUGAACUCUGUAUGAGUGGAAAUAAUGGUGAGUCCCGAUAGUCGGAAAUAAUAUUUUUUUCUCCCCUCAGGUAAAUGACUAACCCAAUAUGCAUACAUUGAAGUAAACACAUUUCUGCUUCCAGCAGUAUUAAUUUAAUGAAAAUAAAAACAUAAAUGCUUAUGUGAGGAAAGGAACCCACCAUGAGCUAUUGAAGUGCAAGCAUGUAUGGUUGAAUGAUUCCUACCUAUUUAAAAUAGGUUUUCCUCCAGAAUAAAAGAACGUAUAAAGAAUGAUUCAUAUCUACUGGUGCUAGCAACACUACGACAUAGACGUCUGAAUGCACUGUAUUACUAUACAAAACUCAGUAGUCAAGAUAUGAUCCCAUAUUUUUACAACCGGUAACAGCUAGCUUCAUAGUCUGCUCUCUUCUAUACUACAUGUAAAUUGUGUUUAUACAAUAAUAAUCAAUGCCACUUUUAUUCUAUGAAGCUUUUGCAAACUAGAGGGAGCUCAUGGAAUGUGGGCUUUGUAAUGGUGCUUAUAAUGACCAACUACUUUCUUUGUAAACUGUGUAUACAUACAUACACAAACACAUACAAUGGUGAUGCCAAACCUGGGCCUAUAUGAUUAUGCACUGAGGUUUUCAUGGCCACAUGUUCUCUCACAAGUACAAUCAGUGAUGAGUUGCCAUAGACCAGCUUGAUACCAAUCUGUUCUGUUCACAUCAGAGGGUUUAGUUCUAAAUUUACAAUAAAAAAACUUUUGUUGUAUAUGCA